AAGCCAAUCAGCGUCCGCGGGCCGCGGGAGGGCGGCCAAUGGCGGGCGGCGGGGGUUUAAAGGGGUAUUUAAGGCGCGGCGGUUUGAAUUCAAACAGCUCCGGCGGCCCUGAGGCGGCGGGUUCGGGGUGCGCGCCGGGCCUGGGAGCGUGUGGGGGUAUCGGUACGGGCCCGCUAUCGAUAGAGAGCAAUAAUUGAUAAGGGAGCUCAGAGUUCCUGUGCUCCGCUCACUGGGCCCCGCUGGCUCUCUCUCGCCCUCAGCCAGAGCCGUACGGGCCGCUCUGGCGCUAUGGACAGGAACAUGAAGGAGAACCACGCCGUGUUCCCAGGCCGCGCUGCCAAGGGCACCAAUCCCAUCGGGGAUGCCCCCAAGCGUGUCCCUGUGUCGCAGCACUCAGCCCAGAGCCGCUCCCUCACCAGCGGAGCUCCAGCCCGAGUUCUGUGUCCUGCAAACUUCGCCCAGCGAGUCCCCGUGCAGCCCCAAAAACCUGCGCUGUCAACCCAAAAACUGCCCAACAGCCAAACAGCGCAGCAGCUCCGACCCAAGCUGCCCCAGCAGGCUGCUGUGAGACCUCAGGCUGCGAGCAAGAGCACUGAAAAGCCUCCCCAGGCUGCAGCACCUGGUAAUUCACAAAACCCUGAAGCAGAAAGCACCUCGAAACAAAAAGCUGAAGAGACCAAGAAGAAAAGUGAAGAGACUAAAAAAAGGCAAUGGUCUCUUGAUGAUUUUGAAAUUGGUCGUCCUCUGGGGAAAGGAAAAUUUGGGAAUGUGUACCUGGCACGUGAAAAACAGAGCAAAUUUAUUCUUGCACUGAAAGUGCUCUUUAAAACACAGCUUGAGGAGGCUGGUGUAGAACAUCAACUACGAAGAGAAGUGGAAAUACAAUCUCAUCUUAGGCACCCCAACAUUCUCAGAUUAUAUGGCUACUUCCAUGAUGUGACAAGAGUCUACCUGAUCCUGGAGCAUGCACCUCGUGGGGAGGUCUACAGGGAGCUUCAGAGGCUCACCAAGUUUGAUGAGCAAAGAACUGCUACUUACAUCACAGAACUUGCAGAUGCCCUCUCGUACUGUCACUCCAAGCGUGUGAUCCACAGAGACAUCAAGCCAGAGAACUUGCUGCUGGGAUCAAAUGGAGAGUUAAAAAUUGCUGACUUUGGGUGGUCUGUGCAUGCUCCAUCCUCUAGGAGAACAACUCUCUGUGGGACACUUGACUACCUGCCUCCUGAAAUGAUUGAGGGAAGGACACAUGAUGAAAAGGUGGAUAUUUGGAGCCUGGGAGUUCUGUGCUACGAGUUCCUUGUAGGGAAACCACCUUUUGAAACAAAAACCUAUCAAGAAACCUACAGAGCUAUUUCCAGGGUGGAAUUCAAGUUUCCUCCAUUUGUAACAGAAGGUGCGAGGGAUUUAAUUUCCAAGCUCCUGAAGCACAACCCCUUCCACCGCCUGCCCCUGAAGGAUGUACUUCUCCAUCCCUGGAUCACAGCAAACUCUACCAAGGUUCCCACCAGCAGGAAGAGUGAUGGUGCUGCCCCAUCCAAAACAUAGCUGCAGGAGGGUGACUCAUGGGAUGCACGCAGGAGCCUUGUACUGUGACUACUGUAAUGCUUACAAUAGGGAAAGCAGGUCUUGGAAUCUAGUGGCAAUUGGGAUGCAAGUCCUUGGGUUGGCUGGUGUCUUAAACUCGAAUUGCAGCAUAAAUUUAUUUGACUUCUAGCUGGAGCUUGUGGAAUAUUUAAUGUACUUGAAUCAGCUCCAUGUGGGCCAGGUUUGCUGGUGUAAGUGUGAAGCUCUUGGGCUGAAAAUGGUUUGUUGUUCCACCACAAGGAAGUUGUUCUGGCUUAUGGAACAGUGCAAUAUCCUGGAGAUGCCUGCUCCUCCCUCCCUGGGCUGCUCAGGGUGUCUUACCUGUGGUGUAACCUGAAACUGAGCGAGGUGAAUGCCUUUUUCAAGUGUUCUAAAAAUGAUGUGGCAAUUGAUUUUGUCUCUAGUUUUAAAUGUGAGCACUCAAUUUGUAAAAUAAAGACUUGUUAUACUGCACCCAGCACGGUGAGGUUCCUUGUGGCUGCUUGGCUCAGCAGAACUCCUGCUUUCAGAGGUGAAUUCCUAAAGUAUAAUUCCCACCUCUGUCAAAAAGGAAGCUCAAAGUGCUGGUACCACCCAGUCAUUCACCAUCCCACAAUCCCAAUUUAGGAUUGCAAGGUAAGUACCAAAUGUGUUGCUACUUAAACUGCUGGGUUUAUUGAGAGCUUGGCCUGCUCUGUCCUUUUUCCAAUGAAUUUAUUCAAACAUUUUCUAGCCCUUUCUCUCAGAAGUACUUUCAGAUUAUGUUCAGCAAGUAACAACACCAGAUGUUUAUAAGACAUUCCUUAAAAUGGACCAAGGGUCAGGCCCCUUGCCACCAAAAUCAAGGCCAACUCUUUUCCAGGAAAACACUUAAAGCAAACUAAGAGAAAGCAAUUUUAUUGUCUUUUCAGAAUAAGACCUUUUGCUAUUUUACAAACAGUUUUAAAAAAUGAUCCUUCUACAAGCAAGGACUCCAGAAUUCAAAAUAUAUUCUCAAAUUAAUUUAAAAUAUACUUUGCAAAAAUCUUCAUCUAAACAAACUGCCAGUAGUUUAUACAACCACAUAAGUAAUUAGAAUUCUGGCCACAAUUUAUAUGAAGCUGUUUCUUUACAGCAAGAAAACUCUAGUUUAGUGCUGGUGCCUCCUACUGACUUCUAAAUGAUUUUAAAUGGUUUCAUAUGAUUUUGAAAAAAAAUUUUGAAUAUUCCUUCUUUAUUACAGUUAAGACAAAACCUCCUCCUCAGAAAUUAUUCUAACUUAAGUAAACAAAGCUGCCUCAAAGUUAUUUUGAAGUCUUAUCCUUGGUCCACAUGAAACCUGGGCCUUUCUGUUGGGGGGGAAGGAGUUAAGGUGCAAUUUAAUGUUCUGGCUGAGGGGGAGGCAAGAGGCUGCUCAUAACAAGAAGUUAUUUGCUCCUCCUUUCUUCCCUCAGCCAGCUCUUCUCAUAACUCCACCCUUUCUUCCUCUCUAUUCACUAAAUUUUAGCAAAACUAGAAAGCUAUUCUAGGGUAUCUUCCUGCUAUUUUACUCAAAUGAGAGCUCUGUCUGAACAGAUCUGUCAGAGCCACCCUGGGGUAAGUGCAAGCACAAAGAAAAAAGAGCGGGCAGCAGGUCCCAAACAGCCCCAGCUCUUGCUCAGGCUCUCACAGCAGCACAGGCUGAGCCCAAAAGCCAGGCUUACCCCAGUGUGACAGUAAUUUAUCUAUUUUAGGAUCAGUCUGCAGGUUGAGUGGAAUGUGGAUAUCCACACCUGUAACUGCAUUCUAACACCAGUGUCCCCAUAAGGAAGGCAAAGCUCCUUCAUUGCUACAUUCACCAGUCUCAGCCCAAAGCACAGGAAUUCUUCCUGGGAAGCUGGGAAUUGGAAUGUUUGCACUUCUGGUGCAGAUGAUUUGAGUUUCACACACAGGAGCAGAAAGCAGCUGGGGUUACUUUUAAGAUUUUAAAAGAAGUGUUUCCAGUACAAAGCCAGAUCUCAAACUAUUGAAAACCCCCCAGCUCCUCUCUGCCUUGAUGCUGUUUGGAGUAUGUUCACACAGGUAAUUGUGGUUACACUGAUUUCAGUAGGCUCAGGGUUUUUUCUGAGUCUACAAACAUUUAAAAACAAAGGGACUUUAGUAAGGCUGGCUCCUAGCCAGUACAUGUUCAAACAAUGCAAUCUUGGACUAUGGAAGCAAUACACAUAGUUUCAGAACAGUGCUUCACCUAUUGUGACUAAACCAAUUAUGACUGCAAUAAUUAAUCAUAUGGGUACUCCUACUGAAGUGAGUUCAAUGCCUGUGUUGUGCUGCAAGAAGGGCUAUAAUAAAAGCCUCUUCUAACAAAAGAAACACCCACCUGCCACUUUAGAUUCCAAUACAUACCCUUGUCAAGAGAACUACCCAUGUAGUGAGAUGUUUAUUCUGCUGGAAGGAGAAUCUCACAGUUUCUCAGCUAUGCAGCAAUAAAUGAAAGCUAUGACUCUGUUUU